UGAGAGGCUUGUUUAUGUUGAGGCAUGUGAAGGGGAAGGGCCGACCGCCGCGCCGCUCGCAUUAUGGGUCGGUUUGCGUCCUCCCUCUUCGCCCUUUGGUCUGUGCUUUUGGUGAACGUCGCUUGGACCGUCCAGGGACACCUGAGCCAGAAUGCCAUCAAGGAUCCGACGGUGUUUGUGGUGCUCCUGGCCAGGAACAAGGAGCACACGUUGCCUUACUUCUUGACGUUGUUUGAGCGCCUCAAUUACCCUAAGGAGAGGAUGAGUCUGUUCGUUCGCUCUGACCACAACCAGGAUAAGACGAUUGACAUCCUGCAAGAUUGGCUGGAGGAUAACAGAGACAAGUAUCAUUCAGUUGACGAGUAUUUGGACCAACUUGGACCCAAGAAAUACCCAGAUGAUAAGAUUGUGUCAGAUUGGAGUGAUGAGAGGUUCAAUAACAUAAUUGGCAUGAAGGAGGAGGCUUUGAAUAAAGCCAGGGGCAUGUGGGCUGAUUUUAUAUGGUUCCUGGACAUGGAUAUUUUUCUUACAGAGCCUGAUGCCCUUCACAUACUGCUAAAUGAAGAUAAAGCCAUCAUAGGGCCAAUGUUAAACUCCCUCGCCACAUACAGCAACUACUGGGGUGGUAUGACAGAAGAUUAUUGGUACACACGCACAGAUGAUUACCUUCCAAUAUUGGAACGAAAAGAAAAGGGAUGCUUUGCUGUGCCUAUGGUCCAUUCUUUUGUGUUGGUUGACCUUACCCGGAGGGCUUCAGAUAAUCUUACAUUUGUGCCAAAGAAUGUUCAAGGGUACAAUGGUCCAAAUGACGAUAUUAUCACUUUUGCGGUAUCUGCAAAAAAUGCUGGCAUUGAUAUGUAUGUUUGCAACUCCAUAAUAUAUGGGUUUAUCCCUCCACCUCUUGAUGAUAAUCAAGGUAUGGACAUUGACCUGAGACAGCUACUAAGCAUAAAGCUUGAAGUUCUUGUUUUUUAUCCAGAGGUACCGGUAACACCAAAUUUAGCCAAAUAUGUACCUCCAUUGCCAAAAAAGGAUAAACUAGUGUUUGAUCAGAUAUACUUGAUUAGCCUCGCUCGUCGACAUGAAAGACGUGAGAGAAUGAAGCAGUGUUUUGACGAAUUAGGUUUGGAUGUCAAUAUUUUUGAUGCUGUAGAUGGGCAGCUACUGAACGAUAGUUAUCUCAAGCAGUUGGGAGUGAAGCAGUUAGCAGGGUACAAGGAUCCCUGGGCACAGAGAGAUAUGACCUUUGGUGAGAUUGGAUGCUUCCUCAGUCACUAUUUCAUCUGGGAAGAUAUAGUAAACAAUGGGUAUGAACAGGUUCUACUCUUUGAAGAUGACAUUCGAUUUGAGCCUUUCUUUAAAGAGAAAGUAAGGCACAUGGUUCGGCAAUCAACCGAAUUAGUCGAUUGGGAUUUGAUCUACCUUGGUCGGAAAAAACUCAAAAGUGCAGAUGAACCAUGGGUGGAUGAUUCAGACUAUUUAGUUCAUGUCGGUUAUUCCUAUUGGACACUGUGCUACGUCAUCACGCUUGAAGGUGCAAAAAAGCUCCUAGAUGGUGAGCCUCUGGGGAAGAUGCUGCCUGUUGAUGAAUACCUGCCAAUCAUGUUUGACAGGCACCCUGACGAGGAAUGGAAAGAGAGUUUUGACAACCGCAAUCUAAAUGCAUAUUCUGUGUCACCGUUAUUUGUGUAUCCAACCCACUACACUGGAGAACCAGGUUACAUCAGUGACACAGAAGAUUCAGUGACCAUUAUCAGUGAUGAAUCUCAAACUACUGUGGAACCAGAGCUUGAAGAUAAAGGCUUAGGGCUGGAGGUUGGACUGAAUGGACUGGGAAAGGAAGAACUCUGAACUCGGGUAUAGUUGUAAAGGCUGGUGAAAUUUCAAAUUUGAUUCAUGAUCUGACUAGUGUUGAAUGGUGACUUUACUUUGUUUUCUAAAUAAGCUUGAACCAAUUGGUGUUUCCAUGCUAAUUUUUAUUUUUAUAAAGUGAUAGUAGAAUUUACUCUAUUAAAGGUGGAUAUUAUAUGUCUGAUUAUGAAGAUGAAUGGUUUGUGAAUGAAAUUUGUAAAUGAUAAUUUAAAUUUGUUUUACUUCUUGUUUGUCAUUGUAAUUAAAAUGAUUAAAAAGGUUAAUCAUGCAAACAAGAUGAAGUGCUUUAUUAGAUAACUUUGUGUUAUUUUUAAAAAUGUGAUAUUAAUUAUAUGUAAUUUAUGUGCUAACAUGGAAAGUUUAAUCCAAAUCACUUCUCGUUUUUCUAACAGACUAAAGUAAAAAUAAAAUUGUUUAUUAAUUUUGACUGGAAUACUUAUUGAAAUUAUAAUAUAUAUAUCCUUACUUUGCACAAACAAGAUCCUCAAAUAGAUAUUCUAUUUUGGUUUGACAGAUGCUUUUUAUUUGUGAUAUGAGAUAAUGGCUUUUAAUUGUCAAUGGUAAUGUUUCUUAUGAGUAAUGAUUGUAAAGAUAGGAAUUCUUUGGUAUCUGAUGUUCAUAUGUUGUUUGAAUGUUAGAUGUUUAAAAAAGUUACAGCAUGUACGUUGUAGAAUGAUAUUGUAAUUGUAGAUUGGUCAUGCUUCAAUAGCAGGACAUAUUUACAAGAGUAUAGUGUUAAUGAUAUUUUAAACCCUCAAAUCAACCACAGUAAUCAUGAUUACAUGAUCAUAGUGUUUGAGGUUUGUUCUUUAUUUUGCUAUUAUUUCUCUGAACUGCAUGCUUGAUCUCUUGUUUAUUGUUGGUUAGAAUGUAAUUGCAGUUCACUCUAAAAUAAAUGUGAAUGUAAUAAUUUUUUGGUUGGUCUGUUAACAGUUGUUAGUUUAAUUUUGUUCGUUAGAUGUUACAUGCUCGUAACAAACACUGUGUUGUCAGUAGGAAUGAGUAUGCCAUUUAUACUCUGACCAGUAUUUUUCAUGUCAGUUGUUAUACAACAUAUGCAUACUUUCAGUUAAAACCAGUUCUUCAUUGACUGGAGCUUUUUAGUAUGAAGUUAUAGUUUUGCCAUCUUCAGUGCUAAUUUGUGCCAUUUACUUAUAAACCAGUGCUUGCUAAAUAUUGUUAUGAAAUUUUUCUUGAGAGUCAGUUCAGAAAAGUCACAAUGAGCUAUUCUGAACCUUUAUAAAUGGGAGAAGGUUUUAAAAGUGAAUUUGUAACUUGUGAUAGCUGCAUAAUCUAGGCUGCUUUAACAGUUAAAGUAGGUGAAGAAUCCACACCAAAACUACAAAAGUACAAAAAGAGGAACUUUUCCUUUUGAAAUAGUAUGAUAGAGACUCAUCCCAAAGGUAUCAUAUUGAAUAUUACAGACUUUCAAAAGUAACUGGCAGAUUUCCAUUCCUUAAACAGUGCCAUAUUUAUAGAAAUUAGACAUGAAAAAUAUGUACCUUAAACAGGUUUUAAGGUAUUCAGAUGUAGUGACUAUAAUUGUAUUUGAUGUUUUUUAGUUAUUUUCCUUUCAUGAUCUAACCAUUCUGCAUAAUGGAUUUCGAGACUUUGAUCUGUGUCUUAGACGUGCAUAGUAUACAAGUAAUGUGAUAUGAAUGGUGCUAUAAUAAUGUGUUCAUUGAAUACUCUCACAUAUAUUUUAUUCUAAUUUUCAUUUCAUUUUAGUAUUAAUUUUUUUUACUUCAAAAUAUUAGUGUAGUGAUAUUUUUUUCCAGUGGAUCAGUUAGGGUAGGUAACAGUGUGCAGAAAAGUUUUGUAAAGGUAACCAGUUCUAAAAUUGGUACUUUACAACAAAUGAAUUGUCCUUCUGCAUGUUAAGCAAUAAUAAAGUUUUUUAUAUCAGCAA